CAGUCACCAGAUCAAAAUUACACACAUCCCAACCAACUCCAAAUCUAUUUUCACUCAUCCACAGCCGUCAAUCUCUCUCUCUCUCUCUCCCUCUCUCUCUCCUCAGAAUUUUCUCUGUUCGAAAAAUUAUGGCUCUCUCUCUCUCUUUCUCUCUCUUCAACUACAUCACGAAAACCAAGAAAAAAAUUAAGGAAGGCGAAUAAUAUAAAAGAGAGAAAUCCAGUCAGUCCACGGGGAGAGAAACCAAAAAACAACGAAGGAAAAGAGAAAAAAAUCUAGGGUUCCUAAAAAAUAUCCAAAUCUCUCUCUCUCUCUCUUUCCUCGUUGAUUUUUCUUUCCCUCCAAACAACAUUUCCUUCUCCUUCUCAAAAUUAUUUCCCUCUUUUUUUUUUUUUUGGUUUUUUCCAAGAAAGCGAGGGAAAAUAUUUACCCAUUUUCCCCGGGUUUUUCGUUGCUAGGCCUCUUCCGGAUCCGAAUUUUCUGUGAGGAAGAAGGUUUUUUUUUGCCGGGGAAAAAAAAUAAAAUUUGCCUCCAUUUUCAGCUCUCCCAAUGAAGGCCUGCUCUGCUCCAUGUCUCUUUCAAUAAUCAAGGAGUAUUGCGUGUGAUUUUGUUGUUUGGAUGAAAAAUAGACGCUGGUAGUGGAGGUGAAGGAUAGAGAGGGGAAUUGUUGUUGGAAGAUCUAUAUUCAAGAGUGAGGAUUUGGGUGAUCAAAGAUAAGAUUUUUCUUUUGGAUUUUGUUGGGUUUCUUUUCAUUUGGGAUUUUUGCCAAGGAUUGAAUGCUAAGUAGUUUAUGGAUUCCGAAGCAAUUCCAUCUUCGAGCGAUUUGGGUAAAUGCUGUAAUUGUGGAUGUAGUUGUUCAUUGAUCAGUAGUUCUUCGGGGUCUUGGCUUCGAUCCGUAAAAAGAAAGUAUGAUGAGUUUGAGGAUGCAAACCGAUUCGUUAUACCUGGUCUCAAUUUACCCUCAAUUGCUCGGGUCCAAAUUGAGAAUGAAUGUGUUGCACUGCGUGAGAUGGUUGGUAGCCAACAGCAUUCCAUACAGGAUUUGUAUACUGAAUUGGAAGAGGAGAGGAAUGCGUCUUCGUCAGCUGCAAAUGAGGCCAUGUCAAUGAUAUUGAGGUUGCAAAGGGAGAAGGCAGAGAUUCAAAUGGAGGCCCGACAAUUCAAGCGUUUUGCAGAGGAGAAGAUGGCACAUGACCAACAAGAGCUUUUGGCAUUUGAAGAUUUGUUGUAUAAGAGAGAGCAAGCUAUUCAGUCGCUUACUUGUGAAGUACAGGCAUAUAGGCAUCGGAUGAUGAGUUAUGGGCUCACGGAGGCUGAGGCGGAUGGUGAGAGAGGUGGGUUUAGCCAUGACCCAAGUAUGGUGGAGUUUGAUGCCCAAUUUGAACUCCCCAUGUAUGACUACCCACCUUUGAAAUGCAAUCUAAAUGAACCCCAUGGCCCUUUGGAGGAUGAUAAUGAUGUUGAAGAUGUUGAGAAAUAUGCAUUUGGUGAGACCCCACGUGCUAGAGAUCAUUUGAAGAAUUUGGAUAAUAGGAUAUCUCAGAUGGAGAGUCCCAGCACCAGUAGGCUGGAUGUAGAUGUCUCAGGUUCCAAGAACAUUUUAGAAAAGGUUGUAGUUGGUCACUCUCCUAGGCGAACACGACAUUUUAGGAGGUUUUCCAAUGAUUCAAGUCCAUCAUUCAGGGGUAUUGCAAGAGAAACUGGUAGAGAUUUCCCCACAGAAUCUCCAAUGACCAUUAGAAGUUACAAGAGGACGGAGUAUGCCUCACAGACAGAGGACUAUGCCAAUUUUAGAAAGUUGGAUAAUGCAUCUGAAGUUGAAGAUGACAUGAGUGACAGAGUUUAUACCAUUGAUUCUGUCCAUAAUGGUGCACCAAAUAAUGUUUUUACUGAUCCAAAAGCUGGAGUUGGGAUUGGUGAAGAUUAUGCAACCACUCCGAGGUCAUUGAAUCAAGUUGAUUAUGCGGAUCCAGAUAUUAAGAAGCUCUACAUGAGGCUUCAUGCACUUGAGGCAGACAGGGAAUCAAUGAGGCAGGCAAUUAUUUCGAUGCGUACUGAUAAAGCUCAAAUGGUGUUAUUGAAAGAAAUAGCUCAACAUUUGUGUCAGGAAAUGUCACCAGAAAGACGAAUGACUGUUAAGAAGCCAUCUCUUCUUAAAAGCUUUUCAUUCAUGUCAGUUUUUAAGUGGAUCACAUCAUUCUUUUUCUGGAGAAAGAAAGCCCGACGAAGCAAGUACAUGAGUGGGUUAUCAGCCAGCAAUGUGGGCUUGCUAAUGCUUCUAGACAAGGGCCCUCAUGCGAGGCCGUGGAGAUGUCUUACAAGCACGCAAGUUACGUAACUUCACAAAUUUACCAUAUCCAUUUGGAGUCUAUCGUCAUAUUUGUGAACAGCAAUUGGAUUUUGGUCACACUACUACGUUUAGAUUUUGCAUUCUUUUUCUGGAUUUCUGGUUGCUGCAAUAUUCGUUGAAUUGUGAGGUUUUUUUACUUUCAUAUUAUUGGGAUUGAAUGUAUUUGGCUGGUUGAAACAUGAAUGCGGUAUAGGCAUGUUUGUUCUUAUAGUUGGAGUUAAGCCCGAGGUCCUCUUCUGUAUAUUAGAUCUUCCUGUAUGACUUCUCAAUCAAAAUAUGCAGUGCAUUCUUUUUGCAUUCAAGCACAAAACCCCCAA